AACUUUACCAAGACAGUAAAUCGAGAAGGUUGUGGGGAGGAACAAUUCCUCAAAGCGGGUGUGUGUCGGAAAACUGCAGAAAAAAUUGCCAAAAAGCAAGAAUAAUGUGAUGGUCUGUACAUCAAAAAGAAGAGGACUGAAUUAAAUAUACAAAAAUGCAAGCUGAAACUAUUUGCACUAAUGAUAUUGAGGGUCUGGAUUCGGACACUCUUAUCCCUGUUGAAAUACUUUCCUGCGAUGUUUCUCAUCGUGCAAGAUCUCAAGAUGCCUUAUCGAUAGUGGAACUAGGAAAACAGUUACUUUUUAGUGCAAAGUAUGGAGAUACCGAUAGUGUCCGUGACCUGAUGUGCAGAGGUGCACCCUUUACCACUGAUUGGUUGGGUACAAGCGCGUUGCAUUUUGCUGCACAAAAUAAUCAUACAGAAACAGCAGAGGUUUUACUUAGGGCAGGAAUUUCAAGAGAUGCAAGAACAAAAGUGGAUAGAACGCCGUUACAUAUGGCUGCGUACGAAGGCCAUCAUCAAAUGGCACAAUUACUUCUUAAUUAUGGCGCAGAUGUUGACAGUAGAGAUAUGCUAAAAAUGACCCCUUUACACUGGGCAGUGGAACGAGAGCAUGUUGAAGUAAUGCAUGUUCUAUUAGAGCAUGGAGCAGAUGCAAAUGCUACUAGUAAAUUUGACAAAACACCAAUUAGUCUUGCAUUGGAACAUGAUAGAUUAGAUUUGGUAGAUAUAUUGCAACAAGAAAGGGAGGUUGUAGGUACUAGAAUUCAUCAACAAAGUCAAGCAAAUUCUGCUGAACUUGAAGUAGCAACUCAUAACUUAAUACAAUUAGAAUCUGAAAGAGAUGAAGAAAAACAAAAGUUCGAAUUACCACAACAAGAAUCGCAACAAAGAAGAAAAAUUACACAAGUUCAAGUGGGAAAGAAACCACGAAUGAUUUUUCAACAAAUUCACGUUGGAUCAAAUGCUGAUGUUACUCAGGAAAAAGAAAUUGAAAAUGUAGAUGAAAUCACUAAUGCGAAUAAUGUUAACAAUAAUAAAAAACGUAAAGAUGUUACGACUGUAGGAGGAGUAAACAAACAGUUUAGGUUACUAGAAGCUCAUGGGAUUACAAUGAUACCUGUAGAUAAUGAUGCGUCUAUAGUCGAAAAUGCUAUGGAAAGUGGAAGAACAGUCGUUUUAACUGAGGCUGGUAAACUUGCUUUAAAUUUAACGAGAAAUACUUCAAUAGGAAUGAAACGACUUCAUGUAAGUGGAAAGAAAGGAGCCCCUAGAAAAGUGAUAGCAAUAAGAGCAGAUCAAAUUUUAAAUCAUAAUGCGCCUACAAUUCCAUCUAGAGGACCUAAUAUAUUGAAAAGGUCUUCCAUGGAUAAUAAGGCGGGAAAAUUAUACAUUUCUUCUAUUUCUAAUGCAUCGUCUGUAUCAACACACACGCAGUCUAAAAAUAUAAUUUCUGCAUCAGAGAUGACAGAAUCAAUAAUUUUACAACUGGAUGAUGGAAUAGAAGAAAUUACCGAAGACGAUACUACGGACAAUAACGAACCAGUUAUGGAUAUUGCAGUACUGAAUAGACAGUUAGCAGAAGCGCGAAGACAAGCCGCUGAGUACCGAAAGCGGCUUCAAAAGAAGGAAGAGGAAGCUGAAAUAUAUAAACAACAACUUAAAAACAUUACAGCGCAAAGAGCAUCUAAGUAACUUUGUAUAAGUAUGAAUCUUGCAUUAAGCUUCAUUUAAUGAACAACUAUGCUUUUUCUACAAAUUUUCUUAUAUAAACAAUUUUCAGCUUCGUAAAGCGUAAUUGAGAAUUGUAAUUUUAUAUUUUUAAUCUUUUCUUUCAAUAUUUCAGUACAUACAUUGUAAUAGUACUUACACGAACUCUCAUUACUGUUUGCUUACUUUAUAAAUCUUUGCGUAUCUUUAUGUGUCUAUAUAAUUCUUUGAUCAUUAAUAUUCUUACUUUUUAUAAUGAAAUCCAAUAUCUCAAUUAAUAGGAUAUAAUUUUACAUCUUCGCAUCAUUUAAUAUGUGCAUGCUUUAUAAAAAGCGUAGCGGCAUAUCGUAUGUGAAAAUGAAUUUAAUUUAUGAAGUAAACAAAUAUUCUUACCGUAACGAACGAAUAUGUAAAUACGUAAAGCAUCAGUUUGCUUUCCACAUAAUGUUUCAUAGUACAACAUAAUAAAUCACUUCUUUUCAUACAGUAUCGCUAUUUUCCAAAUAAUCUUUUUUUUUAUCAAGUUAAUUGAACUGUGUAAACACGUUUCGUGAGUUUAAUAUUUAUUAUUUUAGCUACUUUUAUGUUGUAACUAUUCUAUUAAUAAACAGUAUUUCAUUUACUUUUACAACGGUAUAGAACUUUCAUAUUGUAUGCAUGUAUUAUUAGGCAAUAUCAAUAUUGUCUACUAUCGAAAAAUGAUAAUAUGUAGUUCAGGAAGUCACGUUUUUAAAUUACAUAUGAUCUAUUUUGUAUAUAGUGAAUUUUUAUAAUAUACCAUAAGAUCACGCACGUAAUAAUUAUAAAACGACUACAUAUAUGAUAUCCGUAAAUAACUAAAACUAUUAAAAAACAAUUUAAGUAAUGGACAUCUGUUUCUUAAGUACUUAUAUUUUAUAAAGCAUCAAAUGUAUAUUUCUUGUAAACAGCCGAAUGGUUCGAAAUUAUGCUCUAAAUGACAAACAAUAUCUCCAACAAUUUUGAAUCAAUGAGAGAAAUAUUUUUAUGAACAAUAUAUUUAUAGCACAAAAUGUGGAAAGCAAAUAAUUUAUUCGAAUAAGCUCUUUAGUAAGUAAUAUGGAAAUAGAAUUUACGUAAAGGAUAAAUUUUGCAUCGUUUACAUGACUGUUGUCUCUGUAUAUUUUCAUAAAAACAAUACAAUUUCAUUCCAGAUAUGUUUUUAAUAAUCUCUAUGAAAUGAUUAAGUACGCGAGUUCAGCUUAAAUGUGUUUUAAAGAUAUAAAUAAUUUUUUAUUUAACAUGGUCCACAUGGUGCUAUACAUAUACAUACAUACAUACAUACAUACAUAUAUGUAUUUAAAUGAAUCCCAAUAAUUGAAACUUUUAAUUUUAAGAGCACAGGAUAAAUGGAAUCGUGUACAGAAGGGAAACGAAAGUAGUUUACUCAGGUACAAAAAUGAUAGUGUAUAAAGCAUAAAAAAAGUGGAUUGAACGGUGUCAAAUAUUAUGGAUAACAAGUUACAUAUUAUUAAGAUUUGUUUAAUAUUAUUAUAUAUUGUAAAUAUAAACGUUUAUACAUAUGAUAAUAGAAGUUGUUGACACGAAGUUACGAAUUUUCAUUCAGAAAUAAACAUUUUAUAUUUCACGAA